GAUGCGAAAAUCCUAACUACUACAUCUUUUUACAUUGUUGCUUUCUCAGGUUCUGACUAAACCCUAAUUUCUCUCUUCUGUCUCAGGCUCUUAUUAGCUUACUCACGCGUGGAACCGUUCCCUGUUGCUACAUUCGUCUUCAACCACCGAUGGGUAAAGGAAAGAAAAAGAAGGGGGUUUCCCUGGAACCUAAGGUGCCUACAAAACCUGCUAACUGGAAAAAGCUUCCAAAACAGUGUUUGAAAACACUUGCUGACGUUGGAUUGUGUGAAAUCAAGGAUUGGGCGUUGAAGAUCAUCAUGGAUGAUUGGUUAUGUAGAGAAGCUAAAUCCACAGACCGAACAGGACCCUUUCACAUCUCAUGUUAUGUUCCUACGGUUGCGUUUUUGUGCUGGAUAGUUUCGGACCCGGUGUUCACAGAGCUUUUGAAAGGAACCAAUUGGAAAGAUGUUCUAGGUUAUAUCCGUGACCAGUUCUACCACGUCAUCUGCUGGGCCUAUGCCUCCUCUGAUCUGGUCAGCGCCGUAAGAGUCAUCCGCAAGUGGGAGGAUCGAUACAUUCCAUUAUCCCCUUGGUAUCUAUCCUCCACUGUUGCUCCAGAGAAGCUUGGUACUUGUAAAUCUGCGAAUCCAGGGCAUCGUUGCUAUGAAAGUACCAUGGCUAGGGCUUUAGCACACAUUGCUAAAGAGGGAAUCCCAGAUGAGUGCCCAGAAGAUUGUAUCUUUAACUGUUGUGAGAGUCCUCCCACUUCAGCGAAAAAGACCUAUAUCAAGCAUUUUCUCACCUUCAAGACAUUAGAGAAGGCUUUAGCCCACUUGCACAUACAGCCCAUCGGUGCUUCUUUGGUCGUUUUCUCUGAUUUGGCGAAACCAACUGAGGAUAUUUACUAUGGCCCACUAUCAAAAAAAUCAGUUUUCGUGGGCUAUCAUGGGGUAGAUAUUGUUGCCAUAGAGAUAUUCAGGGGAGAACUUGUAGCGCUUUGCAAGAUGAGCAAUGGAACUGAGGUUGCCAAUCAAGGAUAUGUUCGAGUGUCUCUCCGAGUUAUGUACAUGCCCAUUUUCUGUGAUAUUGCUGAUGCUGUUCAUCCUACACUCAAGCCACAACAUCUCCUUUCUAAUUUUUGUUGCCCAUAUAUGGAUGAGGCUCCAAGAGAAAACCUCAAGCGGAAGCUGAAACAAGAUCACGACUCAGAAACAACAAAAAAGCCUCGUCAUGCAGAUGAACCUAGCAGUUCUAAAACCCCCUCUGAUCUGAUUCUGGAUGAUAACGAGAACAAAGGUCAGCAUCGCCAAGAGACUCCAAAAGUUCUGGACAGAAAGGCACAGCGACGGCUUCUGGAGAAGGAGAGAAAGGCUGAGGAAAAGCUUCUCAAGAAGCAAAGAAAGCAAGAAAGGAAGGCUGAGGAUAAGCUACUAGCGAAUGAAAGAAAGGCUAAGGAGCUUCCGAAGAAGGAGAAGAGCAGUGGCUGAGAGGUAGCUGCUAAUCAACUAUUUUGGAGCAAUGAGGAGAGAAAGGGAAGAGAUGGUUUUUUUCUUUAAUAUAUUUUACCCCCUUGUGUAUCAAUCAGUCUGAAAAGGGGAAGAAACUAAUGUUUCAACUUAACAUCUUCAUCUCUCAUUGCUAGCGGUAUUUUGUUAGGAUCGAGACCAUAACUUAAUUAUUUAAGCAAACUCGCCUUCUUUUGUCAGGCAAGGAACAUCAUUUGCUACUUCUGCUUCUUGCCUUUAGCUGUUAAUGCAGGAACCAUAACAAGUCUCUUCCUUUACUUAA